AUGCCUCCCAGAAGAGCCCCAAGAAACAACAUGGGUGCAGGAAAUGAACCCCCACGAAGGGUUGAAGAACUUUUUCUUAAACAGAGCCCGCCAACAUUCAACGGGACCGGCAACCCAACUGAUGCCGAAAUCUGGAUUAGGGCGAUGGAAAGGAUUUUCGACUUUCUUCAUUGCACUGAUCAAGAGAGGCUCUCUUGUGUUGUAUUCCAACUCACUGGGUCGGCAGAUUUUUGGUGGGAAACCAAGAAGAGGAUAAUGACCCCCGAACAACUGGAAAAUCUGACUUGGGAAGACUUCAAGAUGGAGAUUUAUGAUAAAUACAUCCCCAAGAGCUACAGAAAGAAGAAGGAGAUAGAGUUUUUCAAUCUAAAGCAAAACAAGGUGUCCGUGACGGAAUACGAUCGCGCAUUCUGCGACAUGUCUCGCUGUGCCCCUCAUCUGAUCGACACUGAUGAAAAGAUGGCCGAGAAGUUUCGUUCAGGCCUUAGGCACGAGAUCAAGAUGGCACUUGCUAGUCAUGGUAAUCUCACCCACUCUGAGGCACUUAGCAGAGCUCUGGAUGUUGAGGCAGCUAUGCCUGAAGACCGCUCAACCCAGACUCAAGCUCCGGGAAACAACGAUCGUGGGAAGAGAAAAUGGGAAGCAAUACCUGCUUUAAGUGUGGCCAGAAGGGCCAUUUUGCCAGAGACUGCCAAGGAAAACCACAGGGAGGAAUGA